AUGGAUUUUCACGCACAACCAGGCUCCUGGUCUCACACCUGGAUGACUUACUCGCUUCUUUCAUCCAACUAUCCAGCACUUGUCAGGUAUAUUUCGGGCGCAUUUAUCGCGCUCGGUCUGUUCUUUGUCGUCCCUAUCGUACUCUUGAUUGCAUUUGACUUCUCCAUCUGGGCCUAUCGAAUCUGCUGGAGCCGUCCGGGGAGUCCACCGCAGGAGUUGAUGCCUCGUCAGCUUAACAGGCCGCCAAAUGGACCAAAUGCGCUGCAAGAGGUGGGCGGGGUAAAGCCUUCGAGAAAGCGUAUAUGA